GCUGUGGCGAAGGUAUGACUUUUUAAGAAGACGUCCCUCUUCUGAGUUAAGCUUUUUAACACCAAAGCUGCAGCCAUGAAAAUUGCAGUGGAAGGGUGCUGCCAUGGAGAACUGGAUAAAAUCUAUGAAACUAUCCAGUUUCUUGAGAAGAAAGAGAACACAAAAGUAGAACUGCUGCUGUGCUGUGGAGAUUUUCAAGCUGUGAGAAAUGAGGGGGACAUGAAAUGUAUGGCUGUACCAGUGAAGUAUCGUCAAAUGCAGACUUUCUACAAAUAUUACUCUGGUGAGAAAAAGGCCCCUAUUCUAACAAUCUUUAUUGGAGGAAACCAUGAGGCAUCAAACUACCUCCAAGAGCUACCUUAUGGAGGCUGGGUUGCACCAAAUAUUUACUACAUGGGCUAUGCAGGGGUGGUAAAAUAUCGUGGAGUAAGAAUUGGAGGAAUAUCUGGAAUAUUUAAGUCACAUGACUAUCGAAAAGGUCACUUUGAGCGACUACCUUACGGCAAGGACACUAUGAGAAGUGCCUACCAUGUGAGGAGCAUCGAGGUCUUCAAGCUGAAGCAGCUAAAAGAGCCCAUGGACAUUUUCCUGUCACACGACUGGCCACGAAGCAUCUAUCACUAUGGAAACAAAAAACAGCUUCUAAAGAAGAAGGAUUUCUUUAGGCAGGAGGUAGAGGACAACACUCUGGGGAGUCCAGCAGCUUCAGAACUUCUGUUACACAUCCAGCCAUCAUACUGGUUUUCUGCUCACCUUCACGUGAAGUUUGCUGCUUUCAUGCAGCAUCAGACUAAUGUAGACGGAGAGAUACCCAAAGCCACAAAGUUUUUAGCAUUGGAUAAAUGCCUGCCACGUCGAGAAUUUUUGCAGAUUGUGGAUGUGGAACAUGAUUCUGCUAAGUCUGAGUGCCUUGAAUAUGACCUGGAAUGGUUAUCUGUACUUAAAGCCACCAAGGAUCUUCUAAACAUAACCCCAAAUACAUGGAACAUGCCAGAGAAUAAUGGUCUCCAUUCCAGGUGGGAUUUUAGCGCCUCUGAGGAAACUAAGAGAGAAGUUGUGAGUGAUCUAGGGCAUGACCUAAAGAUCCCAUGCAAUUUCAGUAUGACGACGGCAUGCUAUGACCCCAACAACCCACAGUAUAAGAGGGUGGCCACCCACAUUGUAAACCCACAAACAACAGAAUUCUGUGCUAGAUUGGGACUUGUUGACCUGAAUGCCAAAAUUUGUCAGAACGAGGAAGAGAACUUUGAUAUUGCAGAGGAUAAUGAAGCAGACAGCAUCGGGUCCGCAGAAGACCCUGGUGAAUACAGCACAGACACUUCCGUUCUCUCAACUUCUGUCAAUCCUGAUGAGAUUACACUGGAAGAUGACGACGAUCAAGAGGAUGAAGGUAUGGAAGACAAGUUAGGUGAACCUUCUCCUGAAUACACCCCUGACCUCUCAAUAAACUUUUCCAAGAUUCGGGUGCUGCCUGAUUCUAUGGCUGUAUCUUCAGAUGAUGCUACAGAUUCCACUAAUGAUGAGCUUGAUCGUUCAGAGAGUAGCCAGACUGAGGGAGAGGGGAAACCGUCCAACAGACCAUUAAAGAGGAUCAGUGAUGAGAAUGGGAGUGGUGGAGUGAAGAUUAAAAGGCGAAAUCAAGCCAUUUACCAGGCUAAAGAUGAUGAAGAUGAGUAAAGGAAGCAAGAUUGAUUUCCUGUUUUCUUGAAAAUUGUUCAUUUAUUAUUCCUCAUUUGCUGACAGCCAUGUGUUUAUAGUAAGCUGAGGAUUAAUUGCUUAUUGGUUUGUGGGGCAAAAGGUGAAUUAUUUACACUUUUGUGCCUGUUUUACAUUUCUUUUUAACAAUGAAUUGCUACAUUUAAAGUGGCAUCACUAUAAUUUCAUGUGGUUUUAUAUUUUAAUUUCUGUUCCCAUGUUAUUUCUUCCCUGUACAGUCCUGUGCAUUAGCAACUUAAGAUGUUUUUAUUUUGUUUUAUUUUAAUUUGCCGUUUCUUAGUGCACAUGCUCUGUAAGUAAAAGGAAAUAAUGUGAAAUAAAGAGGGACUGUUUUAGCAAAUACUAGUUA